AUGGCAAGAAGACGCAGAGAACGAUCCCCGUCCAACCUCAAACUAAAACAACCCGAUCGAUCAGGCCCGUCGGAGAAGACGUUACUGCAGCUCGCCGAGGAAAGAGGGCUGUUCGACCAGGCAAAAAAAAGGGAGGACGAAAUCGAGAACAAGGCUUGCCCGGUUCCCAUCCCGCGCCCACCCAAAAAUGGAGAGGAAGAUGAUGACGAGGAGGCUGGGUUGCCGCCCACUGUUGAGCGUGUACUUGAGACGCUGCUCUGGUCUGUGAGCCUGUCUAUGCUGCACUUCACCCUCGACGUCCUCGUCCAGCAUCAAUAUUCGGUGGACAGCAUAGUAUGGCCCAAGGUUUGGAUGAGGUUUGGUCAAGCGUUAUUAGUUUUCGGCCUGCUUAUCUAUGUCCUUCAUCCUCAUGCUGCGAACCCAGGUUUGGUUCCCGGUCUGCCCCCGCGGUACCAGUCAGCCCUCCGGCAAGCCAUAUUCUUUAUCACGAGCAUAUUUGCCGGCUGCUACCUGAUCCACAUCACCAACGCAUUCGGGUAUAUGGCCGUCAUGAAACAGGCGCCGCCCAUUGGUUGUCUCUGGGUGUGGUCUGUCAUCGAACUGGAUCUUGCUUGGGCUGUGCUCAGCCUUUCGGGCGCAGGGGCGUUUCUGUGGCAGAAGGGAUACAGUAUAAAGUAG